AUUUAACACUGGGAGCACAGUCUGUUUGGGAGGAACCUGAAGUGUACCUGUGAAUAUACUGACUGCUCAUCACUGCCAACAUGAGUGAUCCUUGGCAGGACUGCAUGGAUCACUGUGUGGAGGUCACCAAAACGGCUGGCAAGAUGAUCCGCGAGGCGCUCCAGAAGGACAUCGCCGUCAUGCAGAAGAGCUCACCGGUUGACCUGGUGACCGAGACGGACCAGAAAGUGGAACAGCUCAUUAUAUCCUCCAUCAAGGAAAAGUACCCCACUCACAGCUUCAUAGGCGAGGAGUCAGUAGCAGCAGGCGCUCCCAGUGUUUUAACAGACAAUCCCACCUGGAUCAUCGACCCUAUCGACGGAACCACCAACUUUGUUCACAGGUUCCCGUUCGUGUCUGUAUCAAUUGGCUUCACUGUGAAGAAAGAGAUAGAGUUUGGGAUCGUCUACAGCUGCAUCGAGGACAAAAUGUACACAGCGCGGAAAGGCAAAGGAGCAUUCUGCAAUGGAGUCCCAAUCAAAGUGUCCGGACAAGAAGAUAUUAGCCAAUCUCUGGUGCUGACAGAAAUGGGCUUCAAGAAGGAUCCUGAGCAUUUCAAAGCCAUGUUGGCCAACAUCAAGACCAUCCUCACCAUCCCUGUGCAUGGCGUCCGCUCCCCGGGCAGUGCAGCUGUCAACAUGUGUCUGGUAGCGUGCGGAUCGGCUGAUGCUUACUACCACAUGGGCAUCCACUGCUGGGACAUGGCUGGAGGGGCAGCGGUCGUUACAGAAGCUGGAGGAGUUAUCAUGGACAUUUCAGGUGGAGCGUUCGAUCUGAUGUCUCGGAGGCUGAUCGUCGCCAGCAGCAGAGCAAUAGCAGAACGCAUCGCUAAGGAGAUAACACAGUUUCACGUUGGCAGGGACGACACAGAUGGCGAGUAAACAGCUAUUUAAACAUGCAACUGUCUUAUAUUUAACAGCUCACGAUUCCAUCUUUGCCUUAAGAACCAAAACGAUAAACUUACCUCUGAAGGACAGCUGAGUGGGUUUGGUAAAUAUUCAGCGCUUAGAGUUUCAGUCUCAUUUCUGCUUUGUUUUUAAGUCAUUGUUGUAUUUCUGCACUUUCUGUUCUGUAGUAACUUACUGUAUUUGAACAGUGUGACAGAGCUGCUCCGUCACUGACUGCAGGCAGCUCACACACCACACCAAGGCUGCACACUUGGUUGAUUUUCAUUCACGCAUACACUGAAACCCCACAUUUAAUUGAAAAUCCCACAAAGACAACAAAUCAUAUGUUGAAACGGAGAAAUUCCAUUGUUUUUGAAAAUUAUAUCCUCAUUUAGAAUUUGAUGCCAGCAACAUGUUUCUGAAAAGUUGGCCCGGGGUCAUGUUUACCGCUCUGUUGCAUCACCUCGUCUUUCAGCAACACUGUGAGCGUUUGGGAACUAAAGAGACCAACUGCAUUUUGGUCCCAUUCCUGCUUGAUGUACAAUUUCAGUUCACUAUAAUUACAGUUUGCAGCGAUUAAUUGUGUUCACAGAAUCCUGUCUGUGUUCAAUGCAGUGCCGUCUUUUUUUUUUUUUUUUUUUUAGCAUUUCA